AUGGGGACACGCUCAGUAUGGGGACACGCUCAGUAUGGGGACACGCUCAGUAUGGGGACACGCUCAGUAUGGGGACACGCUCAGUAUGGGGACACGCUCAGUAUGGGGACACGCUCAGUAUGGGGACACGCUCAGUAUGGGGACACGCUCACUGCGCUGAUCAGGCCUGCCAGCGUGGUGAGAAGGCCACAGCUGGUGCAGCAUUAUGGAGACAUGCUCACUGUGCUGAUCCGGCAGCAGCACGUGCAGCGGGCCAUCAGCAGCCUCACCAUUCACAUCAAGGUCCUCCGUUCAGCAUUGUUGAACCCGUCGCUAGCACCACCAGCACAAGCACCAGCACAAGCAGCAGCAGCAGGCAGGGGAGCACACAGGGAGCGGUAUCGGCGGCUGUGCUUCCUCAACGUGUUCACGGAGCGCCUAGACAGCCUGCUGCAGCUGGUGUUGGAUGUGCAUCGCAGUGUGGCCUCUGCCCCCAUGGUCGCCCCGCUCUCCGAGUUCUUUCUCGAUGACGAUGCUCCCAUCUGGGAAGAGGUGAGGAAUUCAGUUUCCCUUGAGAGAGACACUUCUGACUAG